AUGGCGAAAGGGGCGGCAGUUACAUACCUUCUUGGAGUGCUGCUCCUGGCGCAGUGGAAGCCCUCGCUGGAAGGAGGACUAGGUGGAGUUGGACCAGGGGGUAUUGGUCCAGGUGGUGCUGGUGGUGUGGGAGGUUUUAUUCCAGGAUCCUAUGGUCCAGGUGUUGGAGCUGGUGGAGUGGGGCCUGGUGGAGUAGGGCCUGGUGGAGUAGGCCCUGGUGGAGUAGGGCCUGGUGGAGUGGGGCCUGGUGGAGUGAGGCCUGGUGGAGUGGGGCCUGGUGGAGUGGGGCCUGGUGGAGUAGGGCCUGGUGGAGUAGGCCCUGGUGGAGUGGGGCCUGGUGGAGUAGGCCCUGGUGGAGUAGGCCCUGGUGGAGUGGGGCCUGGUGGAGUAGGGCCUGGUGGUGAAGGAGUCAGACCUGGAACCUAUGGACCUGGUGGAGUUGGCACAGGACAAUACCCUGGUGGAGUCAAACCUUUUAAAACAGGACCAGGCGUUGGACCAGGCGGGACAGGCUUUGGACCUGGAGGUUCAGGAGCUGGACUUGGAGGGGGAGGGGUGGGGCAGGAAUUGGACCUGGUGGGGCAGGAGUUGGACCGGGUGGAACUGGUUUUGGACCAGGUGGGGCAGGAGUUGGACCGGGUGGAACAGGUUUUGGACCAGGUGGUACAGGAUUUGGACCGGGUGGAACUGGUUUUGGCCCAGGUGGGGCAGGAGUUGGACCAGGUGGAACUGGUUUUGGACCAGCUGGGGCAGGAGUUAGACCAGGUGGAACUGGUUUUGGACCAGGUGGGGCAGGAGUUGGACCAGGUGGAACUGGGUUUGGACCAGGCGGGGCAGGAGUUGGACCAGGUGGAACUGGUUUUGGACCAGGCGGGGCAGGAGUUGGACCAGGUGGAACCGGGUUUGGACCAGGUGGGGCAGGAGUUGGACCAGGUGGAAUCGGUUUUGGCCCAGGUGGGGCAGGAGUUGGACCAGGGGGUACAGGAGUUGGACCUGGAGGAGGUACCUAUACCACAAACUGGAACCACAGGAGUGGGGCCUGGGGGGAAAACUGGACCUAAGACCUCAAAACAAGUCCCAGGGGUGGGAGUGCCAGGACUCUACCAAGGAGGUUAUGUUCCAGGUCAAGGUUUCGGAGGUCGUGGUGUUUUACCUGGAGUAGUCACUGGAGCUGGAGUUGGUACUCAGAGCGGGUCUGGAGUACUUGGCCAAGGGGGAGCAGGGCCAGGCACUGGAAAUGGUCGGGGUCAGCCGCUACCUGGAGUGUUUCGUGGGUACCCUCUGAUUUCACCUAAAACAGGUGCAGGAAAAUCGAAAAAGGCAAGUAAAGCAGCAACAAAAUAUGGUGGAGCUGGAGGACCAGGUGGAUCAGGAACCCUUGGUCAGGGCAGUGCACUGGGUGGGGCAGGAUUUGGAAUUGGGCCCGGGGGUGGCGGAGUAGCACCUGGAACAGGAAUAAGAGGAGCUGGAACUGGCUUUGGGCCUGGGGGAGGAGUUGGCCCCGGUGGAGCUGGUUCCAGUAUUGGUCCUGGUGGUGGAGUUGGGCCUGGUGGCACUGGUACCGGCUUUGGACCUGGUCAAGGAGUUGGUCCUGGUGGCGCUGGUACCGGCUUUGGACCUGGUGGAGGAGUUGGCCCAGGUGGCGCUGGUACCGGCUUUGGACCUGGUGGAGGAGUCGGCCCUGGUGGUGCUGGUACCGGCUUUGGACCUGGUGGAGGAGUCGGCUCAGGUGGUGCUGGUACCGGCUUUAGACCUGGUGGAGGAGUCGGCCCUGGUGGUGCUGGUACCGGCUAUGGACCUGGUGGAGGAGUCGGGCCUGGUGGUGCUGGUACCAGCUUUGGACCUGGAGGAGCUGGUACCGGCUUUGGACCUGGUGGAGGAGUUGGGCCUGGUGGUGCUGGUACUGGCUUUGGACCUGGUGGAGCUGCUACCGGCUUUGGACCUGGUGGAGGAGUUGGGCCUGGUGGUGCUGGUACUGGCUUUGGACCUGGUGGAGCUGGUACCGGCUUUGGACCUGGUGGAGCUGGCACCGGUUUUGGACCUGGUGGAGCUGGCACCGGUUUUGGACCUGGUGGAGCUGCUAUCGGUUUUGGACCUGGUGGAGCCGGUACUGGUUUUGGACCUGGUGGAGCCAGUACCGGUUUUGGACCUGGUGGAGCCGGUACCGGUUUCGGGCCUGGUGGAGCUGGUACUGGCUUUGGACCUGGUGGAGCUGGUACUGGCUUUGGACCUGGUGGGACUGGUACUGGCUUUGGACCUGGUGGAGGAGUUGGUGCUGGUGGUGCCGGUUAUGGGCCUGGAGGUUAUGCUGGAGCCAAAACGCGUAAAUAUGGACUGCCAGGUGGAGCUGGGGGUGCUCUGGGUACAGGAUCUGUUGGGCUUGGAGUUGGAGGAGGUAUCCCAGGGCGAAGUGUUGGGAUAACAACAGGUGGAGGGGCUGGACUGGGGACUGCUGGAGUGCCUGGUUCUGGUGGAGUGGGUACUGGUGGAUUUGGACCUGGUGGUACUGGAGGAUUUGGCCCUGGUGGAUUUGGCCCUGGUGGAGUUGGUCCUGGUGGAUUUGGCCCUGGUGGAUUUGGCCCUGGUGGGGUUGGUCCUGGUGGACUUGGCCCUGGUGGACUUGGCCCUGGUGGAGGUGUGGGGACAGGAUUUGGACCAGCUGGAUUUGGGCCAGGAUAUGGGACUGGACAGAAGCCAUACAAAUAUACUCCACAUGCGGGGGGUGGUGGAGUCCUAGGAGAAGGAACAGGACGGACUGGCCAGCCUGGUGGCACUGUGCCUAGUGGGGGGAGAGGCAUUGCAGGAGCUACUAAUGCAAAUGGGACAGGAGUGUCAGGGAAUGGCACCAGACCAAUCAGUGGAGUAGCAACUACAGUAAUAGGUGAAUCGCAGGAUGGACUUGGAGCAACAGGGGUCACAACUUCCCCAACAUCAGAAGGGCGUGCGGGUACGAGAGGAAGAGAUGGAAAAGACAGUGACGGAGGUGUGACUGGAGGACCUGUAGGAGGCGAGAAAGAUGGUCUAAUUGCAACAGGAAUUCCGAUACUCGCUGCAAAACCAGACCUCAAUGGGACAUCACUACCAGGGGCUACCGGUGCAACGGCUGUUCAAGGUGGAAUUGUGCAAUCAGGUUCAAGUAAUGAUACAACUAGUGUACUACCUGGAGCUAAGCCCAUUAAACCUCCAGGGAUUCCCAGAGGAGACACUCCAGGUGAAGGAGAUGGUGAAGGUGGACCUGAUGGAGAGAGAGAAUCUGCCCGUGGUCUAGGAGUGACACCUAAACCGGGUCCUGGGGAUGUAGCAGGAGGUCCUGGGGGUGUAGGUGGGGGUCCUGUGGGUGUAGGUGGAGGUCCUGGGGUUGUAGGAGGAGGUCCUGGGGGUGUAGGAGGGGGUCCUGGGGGUGUAGGUGGAGGUCCUGGGGUUGUAGGAGGAGGUCCUGGGGGUGUAGGAGGGGGUCCUGGGGGUGUAGGUGGAGGUCUUGGGGUUGUAGGACGAGGUCCUGGGGGUGUAGGAGGGGGUCCUGGGGGUGUAGUUGGGGGUUCUGGUGGUGUGGGAGGGGGUCCUGGGGGUGCAGGUCCUGGUGGAGCAAGUGUCAUCAAACCUGGAAAAAUGCUGGAACAGGGCCAGGAGGCUACGGACCUGGUGGUGCCAGGACAGGGCCAGGAGGUUACGGACCUGGAGGUGCUGGGAUUGGUCCUGGAGGCUACGGACCUGGAGGUGCUGGGACUGGUCUCGGUUACGGACCUGGUGGUGCCGGGACAGGGCCUGGUGGUGCUGGGACAGGCCUGGGCCAAACCAGGCCUGGCAGCUACGGACCUGGUGGUGCUGGGACUGGGCCUGGAGGUGCUGGGACAGGACCUGGAGGCUAUGGCCCUGGUGGUGCUGGGACUGGGCCUGGAGGUGCUGGGACAGGACCUGGAGGCUAUGGCCCUGGUGGUGCCGGGACAGGACCUGGAGGAUUUGGACCUGGUGGUGCCGGGACAGGACCUGGAGGCUAUGGCCCUGGUGGACCUGGAGGACUUGGACCUGGUGGUGCCGGGACUAGACCUGGAGGAUUUAGACCUGGUGGUGCCGGGACAGGUCCUGGAGGAUUUGGACCUGGAGGAUUUGGACCUGGUGGUGCCGGGACAGGGCCUGGAGGCUAUGGCCCAGGUGGUGCUGGGACUGGUCCUGGAGGAUUUGGACCUGGUGGUGCGGGGACUGGACCUGGCUAUGGGACGUCUCUGGGCGGAGCUGACUAUGGCCCAGGACCAGGAGGCUAUGGACCUGGUGGUGCUGGGACUGGUCCUGGAGGUGCUGGGACAGUGCCUGGAGGAUUUGGACCUGCUGGUGCUGGGACAGGACCUGGAGGAUUUGGACCUGCUGGUGCUGGGACAGGACCUGGAGGAUUUGGACCUGCUGGUGCUGGGACAGGACCUGGAGGAUAUGGACCUGGUGGUGCUGGAACAGGACCUGGAGGCUACGGACCUGGUAGUGCUGGGACUGGACCUGGGGGAUUUGGACCUGGUGGUGUUGGCACCGGACCUGGCUAUGGGUCAUCUCUGGGUGGUGCUGGCUAUGGCCCAGGGAGUGGGACAGGCACUGGAACAAGACCUGGUGGUACUGGGACAGGACCUGGAGGAUUUGGACCUGGUGGUACUGGGACAGGACCUGGAGGAUUUGGACCUGGUGGUGCCGGGACAGGGCCUGGAGGAAUUGGACCUGGUGGUGCUGGGACAGGGCCUGGGGGAUUUGGACCUGGAGGUGCCGGGACAGGUCCCGGGGGAUUUGGACCUGGAGGUGCCGGGACUGGUCCUGGAGGAUUUGGACCUAGUGGUGCCGGAACUGGUCCUGGGGGAUUUGGACCUGGUGGUGCCGGGACUGGUCCUGGGGGAUUUGGACCUGGUGGUGCUGGGACUGGACCAGGAGGAUAUGGUGCAGGUGUUGGGCCAGGAGGACCAGGAGGAUUUGGACCUGCUGGUGCUGGAACUGGACCAGGAGGAUUUGCACCUGGAGGUGCUGGGACUGGACCUGGAGGAUUCGGGCCUGGUGGUGCUGGGACAGGACCUGGAGGGUUCGGACCUGGUGGUGCUGGGACUGGACCUGGAGGCUUUGGACCUGGUGGUGCUGGGACUGGACCUGGAGGCUUUGGACCUGGUUAUGGAGGAGCUGGAUUUGACACUGGUAAGAGUUAUCUAUCCAGUAAAUGCACACCCACACCCGUUUCUAAAAAUGUAUUUAUUCCAAUGUGUAGGGCCUGGUGGAGUAGGGACUCGUGGAAUAGGGCCUGGUGGAAUAGGGCCUGGUGGAGUGGGACCUGGUGGGGUGGGGCCUGGUGGUGUGGGGCCUGGUGGAGUGAGGCCUGGUGGAGUAGGUCCUGGUGGACUAGGCCCUGGUGGAAUAGGGCCUGGUGGAGUGGGACCUGGUGGGCUGGGGCCUGGUGGAGUGGGACCUGGAGGAGUGGGCCCUGGUGGAGUGAGGCCUGGUGGAGUGGGACCUGGUGGGGUGGGGUCAAGUGGAGUAGGGCCUGGUGGAGUAGGGCCUGGUGGAGGUGGCUUUGGUCCAGGAGGAGUUGGUCUAGGACUUGGAGGUCCAGGAGGCUACGGGCCUGGUGGAACUGGCUAUCGACCAGGUGGAACUGCAACAGGGACAGGAACCACUCUAGGAGGCCCUGGUGGUGCUGCUGGACCUGGUUAUGGAAGUGUAGCUGGAGGACUCUACCCUGGAGCAGGCCAGAAAUCCAAGGCCCAGAAAGCAGCUAAAUAUGCAGCACUGCAGGCAUUACUGGGAACUGGUGGCUACAGAGGACGAAGGAGGAAGUGAAAGAGCAGUAUACAGGAAGUGACCUCAUUUAAUAAUGUUGGUGCUAUAUGGCAUGAUUGUAUGUGUUUACCUGACUUCAACA